AGCCGACAAAGAAGGAGCUUCUGUGUUUGACACUCGCACCGCACUUGCCAGGAGUCGUCGCUGCGGAGUUAACCCAUAUUUUACCGAAAGGUAAGAAGCGAUAUAAUAAAAUUAAUUGGCGUAAAUGACGAUAUGUCAAGCUUUGGACUGUUAAUUAGCCUGACAAUGUUGAGUUCUUUAGAUUUAGCGAACGCUUGCUAUCAAAACUAGAAUGUAACGUUAGGUGCUAACGUUCCUGUCAUGGCAUUUAAUUUUGGCUAGUUCGUUAUUUCAAUUUUAAAUUUGCUCGAACGUUAGUGACGUCAGGGUUCGAACGUUAACUCCUGAUAGUUCAAUUUCUAAUAGUGUCUAAUGCUAAUAGUAUCACAACUGGCUUCUGUGUUUGGCACUCGCACCGCACUUGCCAGGAGUUGUCGCUGCGGAGUUAACCCAUAUUUUACCGAAAGGCCUGUACUACCAGUACUCCUGGAUUCCUUUUUGUGAGUUUCGUCCCAUAAACCAUGAGUGAGUCAGAUCCACAGACGGCGGCAGGCAGGCAGGGACAGCUCAGCUCAGGUCAGGGUUUCAGACUCAGGAUGUCGACUCAGAACAGCUGCUACCAGGGUUCUGUCUCUGGAGCUGUAGAGUCUCCUGCUGCUCCCAUGAUCCAGCUCAACUGACGAUGUAACAACAGUAAAACUUUUAUUAGUGUUAGUGUUAUUGCUUUUUCACUGCUCUGUCAUUAUUAUUCCUUUAGCUAGAAUUAUUAUUAUUAUUAUUAUUACUAUUUACAUUUUUACUUUGUAUUUGCAAUGUUGUCUUUCUCUUACCCCCCACCCCCCUCUCUCUGUCUAAACCCAACCGGUCGAGGCAGAUGGCCGCCCACCCUGAGUCUGGUUCUGUUCGAGGUUUCUGCCUCUUAAAAGGAGGUUUUUCCUCGACACAGUUGCCUAAUGCUGCUCAUGGUGGAUCUGUUGGGUCUCUCUCUGUAAAUUUUAUAAGAUAAAGAGUUCAGUCUAGACCUGCUCUAUAUGUACAGUGCCUCCAGAUAACUUGUGUUGUGAAUUGGUGCUAUGUAAAUAAAACUGACUUGACUUUGAGGAGGAGGAGGAGAAGGAGGAGGACAAGGAGAAGAAGAAGAAUGAGAAGGAGAUGAAGGAGGAGGACAAAGGAAGAAGAAGAAGAAAAAAGUGGAGAAGAUGAGGGAGGAGGAGAAAAAUAAGACGGGAUUAAGGAGAAAGAAAAGGAGAAGAAGAAGAUGAAGAAAGGAGGAAAAGGAGGAGGACAAGAAGAGGAAGGAGGAGAUGGAGAAAGAGGAGGAAGAAGGAGAAGAAGGACAAUGACAAGGAUAAGAAGAGGAAGGAGGAAAUGGAGAAGGAGGAGAAGGACAAGAAGAGGAAAGAGAAGAUGAAGGAGGAAGAGGAAAAGCAGGAGAAGGAGGAAAAGAAGGAGAAGGACAAGAAGAGGAAGGAGAAGAUGAAGGAGGAAGAGGAAAAGCAGGAAGAGGAGGAAAAGAAGGAGAAUGAGAAGGACAAGAAGAGGAAGGAGAAGAUGGAGGAGGAAGAGGAAAAGCAGGAAGAGGAGGAAAAGCAGGAGAAGGAGGAAAAGAAGGAGAAGGACAAGAAGAGGAAGGAGAAGAUGGAGGAGGAAGAGGAAAAGAAGGAGAAGGACAAGAAGAGGAAGGAGAAGAUGACGGAGGAAGAGGAAAAGCAGGAGAGGGAGGAAAAGAAGGAGAAGGACAAGAAGAGGAAGGAGAAGAUGACGGAGGAAGAGGAAAAGCAGGAGGAGGAGGAAAAGAAGGAGAAGGACAAGAAGAGGAAGGAGAAGAUGACGGAGGAAGAGGAAAAGCAGGAGAAGGAGGAAAAGAAGGAGAAGGACAAGAAGAGGAAGGAGAAGAUGACGGAGGAAGAGGAAAAGCAGGAAGAGGAGGAAAAGCAGGAGAAGGAGGAAAAGAAGGAGAAGGACAAGAAGAGGAAAGAGGAGAUGGAGAAGCAGGAGGAAGAGGAGAAGAAGAAGAGGCAGGAGAGGAAGGAGAAUGGAAGAAGAAAGUGGAUCUCAGCCUCCCUUCAUUGGCUUCCUAUUCAUGUUAGAUCAGACUUUAAAGUCUCCUAAUGACUUAUAAAAGAUGGGCUGGCCCCCUCAUACCUGUCUGAUCUUCUUAACCCUUAUAUUCCCUCCCGUGCUCUGUGUCCUCAGAGUGCAGGGCUGCUGUCUGUCCCCAGUUAAAAAGAAGUCAGCAGGCUGCAGGGCCUUCUCCUAUCGGUUAGCACUUUAUUAUGCUCCUUAUUUCAGGUUACCAUUUUUCCUUUGGCAGGUUGUAUCAGUUAAGCUUAGUAGUUAAUAAAUGUUGUCCAUGUUGUCCUGCUGACGAGAUUACUAUAAACCAUCUUAAUGUGGCUGCAUCACUCUAACUGUGUGUUUCUUCCCUCAAGCACAUUAGUGCCCAGUUGCUCUCUCUCUCUCUCUCUCUCUCUCUCUCUCUCUCUCUCUCUCUCUCUCUCUCUCUCUCUCUCUCUUCUACUGUCUCUUACUGCAGGGUUCUGUCUCUGGAGCUGUAGAGUCUCCUGCUGCUCCCAUGAUCCAGCUCAACUGACGAUGUAACAACAGUAAAACUUUUAUUAGUGUUAGUGUUAUUGCUUUUUCACUGCUCUGUCAUUAUUAUUCCUUUAGCUAGAAUUAUUAUUAUUAUUAUUAUUACUAUUUACAUUUUUACUUUGUAUUUGCAAUGUUGUCUUUCUCUUACCCCCCACCCCCCUCUCUCUGUCUAAACCCAACCGGUCGAGGCAGAUGGCCGCCCACCCUGAGUCUGGUUCUGUUCGAGGUUUCUGCCUCUUAAAAGGAGGUUUUUCCUCGACACAGUUGCCUAAUGCUGCUCAUGGUGGAUCUGUU